CACAUCCUCAGUGUGUUUGUGGGAGUGCGAGAAGGUGGACGCCUGGCAGCGCGGUCGCACCAACCCUGGCUCAGUUGCCUCUUUCCCUAAUCUCCGGGCGCGACACAUGUGGCCGAGUUCGAAGGUGUGGAGAAGACUGUGACAACAUGGUGGCAGCUGCGCGUGCUGCCAACACACGGCUCGCGGCGCCGCCAAAGUGGUGAGCUUCGUCCUCCGCCCGUCGAUGGUUGCAGUGAGGGUCCUUGUGGCGCGGCAGUGGUGUGGGCGUGAGACGAUGAUGGGCGGGGCGGUGCGUGUGCCCCUGUCCUCACGCACGCUCGUGGGCUGUACGGUGGCGGCAGCGGCGUUCCUGCUGCUCACACUCCGCCUAUUUGCAGGUGCCAAGCCGCCCCCGAGCCUUCCUGCCGUCGUGGCCGAUUACGGCGACCACUUCGCCAUCGACGCCGUGAUGGGCGCGGAGGGCGGGCUGGGCGAGGUGGGCUGGCGGGCGGCGGCGUGCCUCCCGCAGGUGGGGACGCCGCCCUUCCCCGUCAGGCUGCCCAAGUUCUCUCCGUCGGCGGCCUCCAAGAACGUCUUCUUCCUCGAGACGACCUGCUCCUCGGCCGUCAACGCCAAGAUGGCGUGUGCGGUGGAGAGCGUGGCGGUGCAUCACCACGACCACCAGGUCCACUUAGCCCUCACCUCCACCCACGUGGGCGGGACGGACUCCAUCAUCCAGGCCCUCGCCGCGUACCACAACAUCCGCAUCUCCACCCUGGACGUCGACGACGUGCUGGGCAGCAGCGGCCGCCUCGGCAAGUGGCUGCGGGAGAUGGAGUGGGCGAGAGGCACAGAUUGGGCGGCCAUUAACCUGUCGGACGCGCUGAGGCUGGGCGUCGUGUGCUCGGUGGGCGGGACCUACCUGGACCUCGACAUGUGGACGGUGGCGCCUCUGCCGCCCAGCGACGUCUGGAUCGGCCGCGAGCGUUGGGACCAGCUCUCCAAUGGCGCUUUCCGGAUUCCGAAGGACCACUGGCUGUGCAAGGACGCGACGACAGAGCUCACGGAAAACUUCAAGGGCAACGUGUGGGGUCACAACGGUCCCGGGGUCUUCCAGAGGGUCGUCAAGAACAACUGCAAAGUCGACAACCUGACGGAUUUUCACCAGUGCAAAGACCUUGUUAUUCUAGCCCCCGCCACCUUCUACCCUCUCCACUGGAAGCGCUGGGAAGAGCUGUUCGUCUCCGGCGGAAGCACCACCUGGACGUGGCCCCACGACACCGUCGGCAUCCACCUGUGGAACAAGUUCAGCCGAGGGGCCCCCCUGCACCCGGGCGACGGCUCGGUCGUGGACAGGACCUCCAAGAGGAACUGCCCGAAGGUGUAUGCGACCGUGAGGCAGAUUCGGAAACUCAAGGACCACUUACAGAAGAAGAAAGCGAGGAACGGCUCCGCGAAGCGAGGCCAGGGCGUGUGAGCGCGGGCGGCGGCGGGGCCGAAGUGCUUUUGCGUCGAUGUCACGGAACUUCCAACAGUGUACAACAAAGAACUUGUUGUCGGCAUUUAAAAAGAAAAAAAGAAAGUAAAGUAAUUCGAGUAAUCUCCGGUUGGAAAACUUUAUUCCCCACAUAAAUAAUCAUUAUAAGACACUGCGCAUUGGCAAUCAAAGUCUGGAUGGGUUUGUCCUUUAAUCAUUUUUCUCUUGUUGUGCAGCGAACUUGCAACUCAACGCAAGUCAGACUAAGUGAUGAAUUUUUAUAUUUCUCGCUCACUAGCGGGCUAGUGGCGUAAGUUCCCAUAUUGUUAAUUAUUGGUUCCAUAUCAUAUCAAAAGUAAAGGCCUAUCUUAAUGAAAAAGGAAUGAGAUAUAUCUAUUUUGAUUGAUAAUACGUAAAGAGGGAUAUUUUAAGAAAAAAAUCUUCAGUCCCAAGGUUUCCUAUAAGCAUCCAUGACGAAAUGCAACUAGUGUUAUUAUUUGUUCUUGUUCUUUUGGAAGACGAACUUGCAGUCAUGGAAAUCGUCUUAAAAGUGAUACCAUAACCUCAAGUAUUCUCUCAGUGACAAUCUACCAUGCACAUCUUAUUGUUCAUCUAAUGAUCACUGACAUUUAUACUGGAAAGUAUCAAGAAACUAUUUAUAAAGUAAGAUAUUUUAUAUUUCUUGUAGUAUUAUUUAUAUUCAAGAUUCGUGCUGUGAGUGAAAGUGAACAGAAAUAUGACAAUUUAUCAUCAUUCUUUAAUUAUAUAAGACAAGACCGUUUUUAUGAGAAUUGUACAGUGGAUGUUUAGACUGAAACCUCAAUUCGAGGCUACGAUUGGGGUUAAACUAAUUCGAACAUGCAACAAAGUGUGAAUAUUGUAUGAACCGCACGUUCGAGUGAUCUGUGAACCGAAGCCAAAUAUGAACGAAACGGCAUUUUACUUUAUACUUGAAAUGCAUUUACGUUGUCUUUUCUUUCUUCCUCGGAAGUACCAGGUCGCAGUCUCCACGUUCUCGUAUCAAUAGGGGUUCUCAUACGCGCUGUCGAAUGGAAGAAAUAUUGAUUUACUCAUUUCUACUGCAGGAACUUGGCAUUAA